AUGGUACGCUUCAUUGCUGCGAUCACCUCCAAGGAGAGAGUUGACGACACGCCUAAGGCAUCUGCUAGUCCAGGUUUUGCGCCGUCCGCCGCUGUUGAAAAUCAGGAAAUGCGGGAAUGUCCAGUUAUGGUGGGACCAGAGUUUUUGUACCGAAGUCAAAUGCCUAGUAUUGCACUAAAAGCGCUGAACAGUGAGGUACGAAACGCAGCUGGCAUUCACCACCGAAAGUUUUUCCGAAAGUCUCAUGCAACGAGCGUUGUUGUGGACCUGCUGAAUGGACAGCGAGUGGACGUCGCUUGUAAAACUGGCUGCGUGGCGAACGACAUAUUCGAAGUGGUCAGUACGCAUACGAAUCUUACAGAACGUCACUUUUUCGGUUUGGCUUUCCUCCGAGAUGGCGAGUAUUACUUUCUCGAACCAGAGCAGAAGAUCGGCAGGUUCGCACCUCCCGGUUGGCGCCAUUCUGAUCAAUCCAGAGUGCGAACCGUCUAUCAUCUGUACCUGCGUCUCAAGUAUUAUCCGAUCGGACUGACGUUCAUCAAGACCGAACAGACCAUGCAUCAAGUAUACCUGCAGCUGCGGCGCGACAUCAUGGACAGUGGUCUACAGUGCGGCGACGUUGCGGUCGCAAUGAAGCUUGCAGCCGUCGCUCUGCAAGUUGAAAUGGGCGACUACCGCCUGAACGAAGACGAUCGUUUCAGCGUUGAACACUAUCUCCCAAAGGUGAUUGUUUGA